AUGCGACACUCUUGGUAAACAUGGAUAUUGAUAUAGAUCAGGGUGACUAUAUGGUUAAUUCUUAGUGUGUUUAUGCUUUCCAGGUCAUUACAGAUAGGUAAAUUUGAAAUAUUGUUAAUGUUUUCCCGUAGAGCUCAAGCUGGAACAGAUGUUACAGUUAAAAUUCCUAUUGACCUACAAGUUAUAGCAACUGCUGGCUCAGCUAUUGGGAAGUGUAGAGAGGCAGCUUAUUCAAGUGUCACCAACUCCUACUAAAAUGCUACAAUAUCCAAUUGCAUCUAUAAUGAGUACAUUGGCUAUUCAGCAAUAACGUUCAAGAUCAGCUAGACUUAUAGCGAUAUUCAAGCUUAUUAUUUCUACGUUGGACUUAUAAGGAAUCCUCCUAGUGUCAGAUAUACUGAUUCGUUUGAGGUGGCUCUUACAAACGGAUACCCAACUGGUUCUUUCAACUAAGGUCUAAUUUUAAAUUACAUCCCGAAUAAGAUUUACAGCGCCACACUUACCCACAACUUAGUCCAAGCUGGUACCACAGAUACCUAUACAUUUAAAUUCAAAAUUACAAAUAACAUCCUUUAAAGAGGGUUUCUUCAAUUAGUAUUUCCAUCACCUUGGACCAGUGCCCCCUAGACUAUUCUUAGUAUGACAGGAGUGAAUAUUUAUGGAGCUACGAAAUCUGGAUUUUCAGUCUAAACACCAAUAACUUAAACUGUUACCUAUAGUUCUCUAUUCGACCUUUCGGGGGUAACAGCUGAUGCAACUAAAUUUAUUACUUUAACAAUAACAGGAAUCAAUAAUCCAAGUUCAAUCCAAACAACAGGAUCAUUUUCUAUAACAACCUUAGACGAUGCAAUGCAAGAAAUAGAUCAGAUAACUACAGGAUUGACGAUUGCAAUUACUCAGCCUGGUCUCUUGACCAUUGAUAGUUUUACUGUCAAUGAUAAAACUGUCGAUGCUUUUACUUUAAUUUAGUUUACGAUAACACCCUCAGCAAAGUAUACAAGUGGAGGUUACAUUGAGGUAACUUGUCCUGCAGCUUACAUGUCAACUUCAACCACAGUUUCUUGUGUCGGUAUCUUAGGUACUCUUGGCUCAUCUACUUGUACAAGAUUGAACAGCUAAACAAUAAGAUUUACUAGAAAUCUUUCAAGUGGACUCCUUGUUUCAUUCUUCUAAAUAUCAUUUAGCGUUGGUAAUUUUAGAAAUUACCUUGGAGUAGUUACAAAUACUCCAUUUACUAUAUCAUUUAAAGAAGCAGAUGGAAGUACAGUAGCAUAAUCAACAACAGGAGUCAUUUAUACAACUGUUGCAGGAACAGUUACAGUAACAUCGGCAAUAAGAGCAACAACUGUUCUUACUGUAGGUCUUAGUGGUGCUUAAUAUACUCUCACUUUCACUUGCAAAACUAGAGUACCUACUGUCGGUAGAUUUGUAUUUACUUUCCCAGAUGAGCAGGUAGCUUACUCAGCUACAACUACAUGCUAAGAUGCAAGUGGGAAUGAUCUUGCUUGUACCUUAGCUUAAGUAUCUGGCACAUUUACUGCAACUAUUGCAGCUUCUAAGUAUUGUACUACUGAAUGUCCAGCAGGCUCCACCUUCACAAUGAAGCUAAUUAACGCAAAGAAUCCAAGUUAUAUAAACAGUCCCUUGACUAAUUCAGUUUAGAUAUAGACUUAAAAUUUGUUUGGAACAAACUAUGUGACAAUUGAUUAAAUCACAUCAGGAGUUUACUUUACUAAUAGUUUAGUUCCAGGAACAUUGCUAAACAUGAAUUUAGCAAGAUCUGGUUCAGCAUUAACAGGAGCAGUCCCUAUAUAUACUCUAAGCUUUUAAACAGCUACGAUACUUCCAAACGGAGCAGUUUUCUCAAUAACUUUUCCUCAAAAUACUGCUUAUUACAGUAGCACUGCAACUAUUACAUGCACAGUGCAAGCUUCAAGUAAAACAUGCACAUCUACAGCUCUUGGAACUGAUUCUACUUAAAUUUCUUCUGUCUUAAUUUCUUCAGCCUGUUCUUCAACAACAUGUGCUGCACUUACAACUUACUCUGUCGUCAUCACCAAUUUUGUAAAUCCAUUCAGCACACUUGCCAAUAGCCUCGUUGCUUUUACAAUUCAAACUAAAGUUUCCUCUUCAAAUGGAUUAGUUGAUUCAGGAACUUUUAAUGCAGCCUAGCUUAGUUUGAAUCCUAAUGUGCUUACUGUUGCACUUACAGCCCCAACCACUCCAAUAAUUGUAGGAGAUAUUACUAGUUAUACACUCACAGUUACUAAUCCCACUAAUAAAAUCCCAUCUACUACUGAUUCAGGCAGAUUAGAGGUGAUUUUCCCUUCAUAAGUUGUGAUCUAGUCGACAACUUGUUCUGCCUAAACAACUACAAUUACUUUGACUUGUGUGGCCAGCAUAUCCACCUAAACUGUCACAGUCACUAGUGCAACUGAGUUAUCAAAAGGAUAAACAAUCACAAUUCAACUCAUAAAUAAUGUUUAGAACCCUAAAACUGGAGCUACAUCAUCUGCAUUCACAUUUAAUACAUAUUUUGGCUCUGCGAGAAUAGAUACGAGUACUUCUCUUACUAUUAAGCCUGAUACCUUUAAUGAGAUUAAAAAUACUGCAAGUUCUAGAGAUGUUGUAACAGUCAAUACAGGUAUCAAAUUGACUAUUUCUUUUUCUACAACGAAUCCUAUUCCAGCUAAUGCAUAAAUAAAAUUCUAUAUUCCCACAGAUUAAGCUUUAAUAGAUACCACUACUUUUGGAGCUACUGAUAUGUCAGGAAUCGGCUCUGUGGGUAUUGUCACAACACUGGCUGGUCCAACUUCAAACUACAAUACUUUUACCUUGAAAGAAUGGUGUUCAGAUGAUAAUGGAGGGCUUUCAUGUCCAAAUACAUUUACUUCUAAAGUUUAAAUAUCAGGAAUGAAAAAUCCAGCAAAUGCGAGAUUUCCAACUAAUUCAAUUAAAAUAGAGAUCUAUACAUCUGCUGGUGACAAAAUUGAUGCUGUAUCUACUGAUAUCUAUACAAUUCCUAUGUGUAAUUAUGGAGCAAUGCAAGGAGUAUUAAUUGCAAGGACAGUAAAUACAGUAGGUUUAGCAACAACUUAUACUUUCACAUUUUAAACUAAUUCAAAUGGUGAUUUAGGAACAACCGGAUUUGUCAAUAUUCUAUUUCCAGUGGCAUUUUUAUUUGACAAAACUUCACCAACUCCAACUUGCACAGUCAAGAUUUCUGGAUCAGCAGCAGCUGCAACUAGCACCACCUGUACUCCGACAAAGGUGGCUGAUCCAAAUAACAUGGGCAAUUAUAUUUCAAGAAUAGUAGCAAGUUUGCAAUGUGGAACUCUAAGUUGUGGAGGAGCAUAGACCUAUGAGUUUUCUAUCAUAGGGUAUUCUAAUCCCUUUAGCACUAAACCAAGAGAUGGAUAGAUUAUUUCAACAUCUACUAGUACUGGAUCAGGAGCAACUGCUGAAAUUAAGAAUGUCCUAGAUCAAGUUAUAGGAACUGACAUCUUAAAAACUCAACUUUCAGAUUUCACAGCUGGCACAAUCACAGUGACAUCCUUAAUCAGGACAGUUCUUAACGUUGAUGCAACAACCAAUAUGCAGUUUUCAUUGACUUUCCCAACAAAACUAGAAAAGAGUGGAAUCAUUCAAGUAUCAGUGCCUUCUACCCAAUUCGUUCCAAAUGGAGAUAACUUCUAAUACCAACAAUCAACUGGAACAAGUACAUGGGGAUCUAGCCAGACUCUGUAAGUAUCAACCCAGAGUUCAACCGAGACAGUAUUCAUUAUAAAAGAGUGGUGUAGUGGGUCUAACUAAUUCUGUACUGAAAGUUAGGCUUUUAAAUUCCAAAUUGUAAAAGGAUUUGCCAACGUAGGUUAUGUGAGCACUCCUACUAAUUUCUUUACAAUCUCAACAUACACUAGAGACAAUUCUUAUGUUGUUGAUACUGUGACCAACGUUCAAGCUACUCCUGCUGUAAUUCCAGCUGCCAUCACAGUAUCAAGCAUUACUUUUAGCACUGCCUAAGCUGCAAUCUCUGGAAUAACAGUCGAUAUCAAUUUGAAAUUUGGUGCUACAAUUAAACCCACCGUAUAUGUGUUGCUGACAUUCGAUACAGAAUUUAUUAGAAAAGAUGCUGGAGAUAUUACCUGCUUUUAUGUUUACGGAGGUGUAGAAUCUUCAAGAACUUGUACUAUAACUCAAACCUCGAGUGUAAUAAAUACAAUAAAGAUCGAUAAUUUCUGCACAACAGCUUGUGAUGAUGCUUUAAGUUUUACAAUUAGACUCAAGAAUGUAGUUAACAGACUCUAUGUUGAUGCUUUUUCUGGAAAUCUAUUAAUAGAAACUAGAUAUGAUACAUCUACAAUAGUUGGUACAGUCACCUAUGGAUUAUCUAAUGUAGCUACUCUCUCACCUGGUUAAUUGACAGCUACUUCAGUAACAAGAAGCAAGGCAACCUAAGGAGUGGCUGCUGACUACACUAUUACUUGGACUAUUCCUGGAUACUUGAUAGACGACUCCCUAGUAGAAAUAAGACUACCUCUCAACCAAGUAAUCUUAUCAACAGGGGCUGCCUUCACUUUUAAGGAUGCAUCAAAUGCCAAUGCACUUACCUUUUCUGUAGCAAGUGGAAGUCCUACUGCUGUAUACAAUAUUGCCCAAGGUACUGAGUGGAAGUGUACAGGUACUUGCUCUGCAGGAGUUACAUUUACUGUGACAGUCUCAAAUGCUAAAAAUCCUUUCAUUCAAUCUACCAACUAUGAUGCGUUUGUAAUCAUUCAUAAGAGAACCGAUGGAAAGCUAAUAUUUUAAUCAGCCUCUCCUUUAAAUGCCUCUCCAGAUUUGGCAUUUGGAGUUAUUGAUACCAUUACAAUUACUCAUCAAAAUCAGGCUUAUGUUUCAAGAGCUACUGAAUAUGUUUUCCUAUUUACAGUUCAAGAUGACAUUCCAUAGGGAGGAAAAUUAAAAGUGACAUUCCCAGCAAGCAGAGCUCUAUAGUAUACUACCACAACAAUGUCAUGUUCUGUUGGUGGUUCAUUAUACACUUGCACUCCAACUUUUGCUUCUGGAAUCCUAACAAAUGUAAUUGUUUCUGGAAUUUGCCCAUCUGCAGUUUGCACAGCCCCUAUAGUUUAUACAAUGACCUUGACAGGAGGAAUGAAAAAUCCAGCAUCAGUUCCUCUCACCUAAACUGGGUAAUUUGUUCUUGAAAGUAUAAGUUCCUCUAAUUUCAUAGUAAGUUAGGGUAAACUAGAUCACUCAAAAGUUACUAACAUCCUUCCAGAGCCAAUAGUAGCAAAUAUUACUAGAUCUUCUCCUUAUAUGGCUGCUGUUAAUGACUACAGAGUUUGGUUUGAAACAAUAAAUACUAUUCCUACUGGUGGUUACAUUCGAGUUAUUUUCCCAAUCGAUUAGGUUCUAACUCCUACCAAUGGACCAACUUGCAAAAUUGAUUUUGCACUUACUACACUCUAAUGUCAGAUAGUUUUUAAACCCACCGGAUUUGUAUGGGUAGAUAUAAAAUCGCCAUGCACAACCAGUUGUGCAGCAGGAUAUUCAAUCUAAUUAUUGUUCUAAUCAUUAUAAAAUCCCUCCUCGUUCUUAUCUAAUUCUGGAACAAGUUCCUGGGGAGUAUAUACAAUGAAUUCAAACAAAGAAUAUAUUGAUGGGUAAUACAGUGGCUUGAAGGCAACUCCAGACCUAAUUGGUAAAACAGCAAUUAUCAAAGCUAUAGAAAUUGAAGACACCACAGUCUUGAGUAAAACAUAUAUGACUUUCUUGAUUGUACCAGGAGCAUAGUUCACUAGUGAAGCACUAUUUGAUUUUUAUUUCCCAGAUCAACUUUCAUCUUACUAUGGCAACAAUAUUUGUUAUGUCGUGAUUGGAAGUUUCGUUGGAAUGAGUUGCCAAUUUUCUUUCUACCCUUCUGGCUACAUUUAAAAAGUAAUUCUUUCAAAACCAUGUCCUUAUGGAUGUGAAGAAACAGGAAUCUAUUUGUUUAAGAUUCCCAUCCAGAACAGAAUUGAUAACUUCCAAACUUCUGGAACAUUUACUUUGAUUGAGAGGUACUCUGAAGUCGAUGUUGGAAUGGGCACUCUGCUUAACACACUUACUAUCGUUCCUGAUUUCAUUUCAGAUUUUUAUAUUACUAAUGAUGGUAAAAAUACUGUGUAGCAAGAGUCUAAAAUAUACCUUUCUUUCAAGGCUGUAAAUUAUGUACCAAAUAAAGCUGGCAAGGGAAGAAUAAGAGUCGUUAUUCCUUCUCAACUGACUCCUAAUUCAAACUCAUGCUAAAUAAGAGUAGAUGGAGAUCCAAGUAGGGGAACUUGCAGUAUCAGCAAUAGAAUAAUGUUGAUUUACCAUACUUCAUCUACUAUUGUUGGGUAAAAUCUAACAAUUGAAAUAAGUAAAAUUUACAACCCAUCAACAACAAGACCAACUGAUCCGUUCCUUGUUUACACCGAAAGAGAUUCCCAAAAUACUGGAACUUAUUAUCAAAUUGACCAGAAUAUUGUCAAUAUCACCUAUAAUGUUACUGAAAUGCUAACACUCUUGGACAUUGCAAUUACAAGAUCUGCAAUGAAUGAUUAGACAGGAUAUUAAACUGGAUAGACAACUCAACUGUUUUUCAACAUGUAACUAAGAAAUGCUCUUGAAUCUACCUCAAGCAUUAUUGUUCAAAUGCCAUUAGCAGCUUAAGCAAUGAUAAGCCCAUCGACGUCAACUGCAACUUGCUAUUCAACAGAUUCAAAAGGAGUUAAUUAAAAUCUGUUACUUUGCGAAAUUAUUACUAGCAAUAGAACAAUUAUUGUGAGAAACUACUGCUAAGUAUCAGCAUGUAAGGCUAAAUCUAAAGUUUAUUUCAAAAUGUACGAUGACUUCAUUCAAAACUUUAAUUAUGUAAUUGAUCCCUUAAAUGGAACAACUGAUUCAAUGCUAGUUAGAACUACUACAAAGGAGGGCUACUACUUUAUUGAUCAAACAUCAAAAGAUGUUUUUAUCAAGCCAGAUUUAGUUCCAACUUAUUUGAUUUUGCCAAGUCCAGAAAUCAUUAGAACAAAUAAUGUUAUUAAUAGGAAAGUUAGCUGGGUUCUUAGUUUCAAAUUAAACAAAAAUUCUGUCCCAUAAGGAGGUUAUAUAGUACUUACAGUUCCAAGAAAUGUUUUAUUAACAAUUAAGAACUCCUCUAUUGAUGUUAAGAAUUACGAUACUUCAGUGAUAUUCCCCAACUUUACCUAAAACUUAUACAGCGAUGGACUAUCAGUUUAAAAUGUAACAAUCAAAAACUUCUGCAACAAGACAACCGGAUGUCUUGUAGGAUCCGCUUACUCACUUUUAAUUGAUUGGAUUAAAAAUCCUAUCUCAUAACUUGGAAAUAUUGAUACGGCUAUUAAUAUUAGCGUCUUCACAAAAGAAGGCUAUGCUGUUGAAAAAGGAGUAACUCCACCAGUUUACAAAUUAUUCUCAGAACUGAUACCAGUUAAUAUCUAAAACUUAUACAUUAGGCCAAUAAAUCCAAUUCCAAAUGUAAUCACUAACUAUGAAUUCUCAUUCUCAGCUGAUGCGGAAUUCAAUAUUACAGACCAAUUAGUUAUAAAUUUCCCACCAGAAAUUGCAGUAUUCCCAAAAGUUACAACUAGUAGAAUGCUGGCUGCUUCUAGAAAAUGUGUGUCUAUGUUCUAACCAUGGGUUUAGUUGAACUGCUCUUAGUUAUCAAAUAAUUCAAUUUUAAUAAAAGGGCUUUUCACUAAUAAUUUUGAGCAAUACGGAGUGAGAAUUUAUGAUGUAUAAAACCCAAUAAAUGCUGGUUCUACAUCAGGAUUUUUAGUUGAAGCUCAAAGCUAAUCUGCAUUAACUAUAGCAAGUAGAUCUACCAAUACCAGAAUAACAAUCUAUGAAAAGAUUGAUGAUCAAAGUAAAUGCAAUAAAGUUUGUGGUUCUUGCGCUGGAACUACUGCUACAUGCACCACAUGCAAAAAUCCUUCUAAAUAUCCUAUCUUUAGAAACUACGCUUGUGUUGAUAACUGUGGUGAUGGAUAUUUCUUUGACGUAAAUAACCUACAAUGUGUUCAGUGUCAUCAUGGUUGUUCAAAAUGCAGCGGUCAAGGAAACAAUCAAUGCUUCUCAUGUUCAACAGGAUAUUUCAUGGAAGAUGGAUAGUGUGUGCCUUAUUGUACCAAAGGAUUAAUAGAAGAUACGAUCAACAGUUAAUGUAGAUAAAGUAAUUCUUCACUCUGUGAUUCAAAUUGCCAGACUUGUUCUUUGACUAGCAAUUUCUGUUUAACAUGCAAAUAAAAUUCUAACUUCCCAAUUCUUGAUACUUCAGCUGGAAAAUGUAUUAUUGAUGACUAAAAUCAAUGCAAUUCAACUCAAGGCUCCAGAUUCUUCAUAGAUUAAACUACCUAAAAAUGCUCUGUUUGUAAUGGGCUUUGCAAGACUUGUGAAAGAAGUGAAAAUAUUUGCACAUCUUGCUGGGAAUUCUAGUUAAACAACAUCGUAAAUGAACUUUAUGAAACUUGUGUUGAUGUCUGUGGUCUAGGAACAUGGUAUAAUAAAGACUAAAAUCUAUGCUCAUAUUGCAAUUCAGUAUGUUUAAUUUGCAGUGGAUAUGAAUCUGAUUAAUGUUUAGUCUGUAAUAAAACGCCAGAAGCUAGAUAACUAUAUCUUUUUGAAAACGAAUGUGUGCUUCAAUGUCCUCAAAGAUAUUUUGUAAAUGAUAUCAACAAUGAGUGUGAAUAAGGUCAAGCUCAAAUAUUAUCAUUCUCAUUCUUAUUCAUGUUUAUCUCAGUCCUUUUAGGCAUUGGAUUAGUUAUAGCUUCAAUGGUUAAAACGAAAAAUAAGAACAAAACUACCGACAUUAUUUAUGCAAUUAUCAGCGCAAUUGAAGCAUUUAAUCGUCUGUUUUUACUGGGUAACAUGUGGUUUAAAUCUAAUGUCUUUGCAUUAGCAGUUUGCUUUAUGAACUUAAUAGCUACCUGUGCAAUUGCGGUUUUCUUCAACUUUUUGUUUAUGACACCGAUUUAUGCACAUUCACCACAUUUUAGAACUUUGUACAAGAAAUUCUCACUUUCUUAUCAAACCAUUACCUGUAUUAGUUACUUCUCAGGAGUAAACAUAAUGAGAUUGCUUUGUUCUGGCUUCCUUAAUGUUGAAUCUCUAUAAUCUGACCUGAACAAUUGGAAGUUCUUCUUAGUUCCGUUAAACACGAUGGCUAAUUUCACAGUAAUAUUCACUCUAAUUUAGACAGCAAUUAAUGUGUUCAUCAUAAUGACUUUAACUAUUGCAGAUGAUGCAUUUGUAUUUGCCAUACUGGGACUCUUCUUAAAUGUUAUCAUGGUAAUAAUUCAAAUCUUCAAACACCUCAAUGUAAAGACUUUCCUGAUAAGACGUUCCUGA